AUGACCGACGAUAUUGAAAAGGAUACCCCAAUGCGAACUGAGGAGGAUUCCUCCGAUGACGACAGUGGUAGCGACAGUGAGGGAAAUGGCGGGGAAGAAGAAGUUGAAUGGAUGGUCACAUCGCGACAAAAACGUUCGACUGCAGGAAAUCGUUUGAAUGCUUUGCUACAACAAGAAGAACCAGAUGAUGAACUAGAGCUUCUAUUCGCUGAAGAUGAAAAUGAAGAAGAUCAUGGAUUUGUGGAUUUGGAGGCCGACUCUGAUGUACAAAUGGAUUCUUCUGAUGAUGAUGACGACCAAGGACCUGCAGCCGGCGCAGACGAUCUCGAUGGGGAGAAAGAGUUACAGCGGAAGGAAAAGGUAGAGCGAUUGGCAAAGAAACGGAAAAAUAAUGAUGGCAUGCCAAAGAUAUUCAAAAAGAGAGUCAAGAUCGAUCCUACAAUACUUUCACAACCUGCUCCGCGACCAAAGAAGAAGUCUGAACGCGCUUCAUGGAUUCCAACUCCAGAAGAUGCCCCGACUCGAGCAUCGGCUCGUGGUACUACGAAGAAAAGUAAAGAGCAACUACAUGCGCAGAUGAUAGACAGGGAGAAGAAGAGGUUAAAACAAUUGGCGAAUAUGGAGAAAGCAGCUGCAGCAAAGGAAGCCGCUCGGAAACCAGCCAUGACACAGGCAGAUAGAUUGGCAGAAGCUGCAAGGGUGGAGAAGAGUAAUUCCAAGAGUUUAAGUAGAUGGGAAGAGGCAGAACAACAAAGGGAAGAAGAACAGAGGUUAAAACUGGCAGCGUUGCAUAAUCGAAAAUUAGAAGGGCCUGUUAUUACCACAUGGAGUGGAGUUGCGACAUGGGUUGGUGGAAAGUUAAUUGCUGUUGGAUCAAUGAAAAUAAAGUCGGAUGAAGCCAAGGAAAAAUCAAAGAAGAGAAAAGCUGGAGAAAUGGAGGACGAGAAUGAGGCUGGACCUACAGAAUCUCCUACUCCACAGGGAAUAUUUGCACCAGCUUCGGCUAUGACCGAUGCCCUCAAUGGUAGUAACAAGGACUCAACACCUGGAAAUUCCUCGGGAAUGACUAAUGGCGAUGCGAAUAAAGUUGGAUCAUUGACGCAGGAUUCGAUAUCGGUUACUUCUAGCAGCACUCUACAUCCUCCUCAUCCAGAAUUACAACCUAAUAGUGUUCUUGAAUCACCAAACCCACCAACCAUGCCACCACCUACCAGUAUCCUUCAACCACCCAACCAAACAUCCGGAGCUGUUCCAAGUAUAAGUGGACUCCAACCACCUCAACAAACCACUGGUGCCGUCCCUCAUAUCAACGGACCUCUUCAACUUCCCCAAUUCCAUAAUCACGCCGUUCCAUUCAUACCUCCCCAAGCACCCACCGCCGUCCCUCCUUUCUUCCUCCAACCCCCAUCUCUCGAUGGCUCUAAGCCCCUUCCCGGUUUCCAGCCCCCGAAUACAAAUUAUCCUCGUUUAAUGCCCUCCCAAACCACUCCUUUCUCUUUCACUCCCUCUCAACAUCACUCUCCUUAUAUAUUUUCCCCUCCUUUACCUGUACCUCCGCAACCACCCGUUACCGAAUACGCACUGAGGAAUUGUAUCAUCUUGGCGAAUUUUGAUGAAGAUGAAAUCAAAAAUAAAGAUGUACAGACUAGGAUUCUUUUUAAUCAAACGUUUCCUAAAGCUCCAACCAAAACCAAAACCUCCUCCUCCAAAUCCCACUCCCUCUGUGCAAUAACACACUACCCCGCCAAAUUUCGCGACCCAAAAACAGGUCUCCCAUAUGUAAAUUCGUAUGCAUAUAAAGAAAUUCAGAAAUUGAGGAAGGGUGAGUAUAGAUGGAGUAAAUUGAUAGGUGCAUAUGUGGGAAAUUCGGCGGUGGCAGCGAGAGGGGUGCCAGGACGCUUUUUGAAGGGCGGUGAGAGGGAUGUUCCGGUGACGCCGGGUUUGGGGUUGGGGUUAGGUUUGGGUGUUGGAAAGGUUGCUCAGACGAUAUCGACGCCAACGCCGACGCCAACGGUGGGGAUGGUGACGGGAAUAGGGAUGGGGAAGUAA